AUGGCACACAUAUUGAAUACCACAAAUUCAUAUCUCAAAAAUGGAUCGGCCCCGCCGACCCCAACGACGCCUCUGUCGUCGAAUCGAACCAUUCCUGGUACCUUUUCCACAAAAAUCCAUCAAGAAAGGGGGUUCUUUAUCCUUGAAGAAUCGGCAUACGGACGAGUGCUGACGUUGAACAAUCUUCUUGGCACCAAAAUCACGGAUGGAUGGACCGAGUACAUCCAUCCUGAGGGCAAUACCUACUUCUACCACAAAGAAUGGCGUGUCGUGACCGAGGCGGAUAUGCUCAACCCAGAAGUGACGAAGAAGGUGGAAUUCGCCUACCUCCCGCUCGUCGAAAUGUGGAAUGAAGUCAAUGCGAAGGACCAAAGUCUAGGUGACAUACGCGAAGAAGGGCUCGAGAUUUUCAUUGGACUCGACACGGAAGUAAAGUACUACUUCGUCGAUCACCAGACGCAGAAGUUAUUCUGGCUUACAGAAAUCACGCUCUGGGAAGGAUUCUGGGGCCCGAUGGAUGUGAUGGAAGGAGUGACUGUGGCGACAUCCGAUCUCCUCUUUCGACAGCAGUUUUACGCGCACCUGGCGGCAUUCCCGUGUCAUAACCAGUCUUAUGUUCCUGAAGACGGUGGUCAGUUCCUUCGAGGAUAUCUGCAGCUCGCACUCUUGGAUGAUCUUACUAAAGGCUUCAAUUUAACUCCGUGGGACUCCCCUCAGGUGGAAAUGCUCUGGACAGGCCCGGACAGGCUUCUCAACGCAGGACCAAACAAAAUGACAGAUGGCUUCAAAAUCUUCUUUAUUUCCGGACUCCUAGUCGCCGCCUGUUUGUCGUCGUCGUCCUUUCGGCUCUCUAUUGCUUAA